AACAGUUCGAUAUCCUCAAACGCACUGUCACUGUGUUUGAAAGUAACUUUGAGACCCAGUGAGAUUCUGAGGGGUGGUUCCACCCAAAGAACAGGGCCAAAACGAGCAUAGAGAUAGAGUGGUGGUUCCACCCAAAGAACAGGGCCAAAACGAGCAUAGAGAGAGAGAUAGAGACGAAGUUGAAUCAGUGAACAAUGUACAAAACGAAGGUGCAAGAGUUGUGCCAGAAAAAGUCAUGGAGUUUGCCGGAAUACGAAACGACCAGAGAAGGACCCGAUCACAACCGUCGCUUCACUUCCACCGUAACCGUUAACGGCGUUCCCUUCCACUCACCUUCCCCUUGCCGCACCGUUAAAGAAUCGCAGAACACUGCAGCCAUGCUCGCCUUCAACCAUUUCUCCCAACCUAAUCCGAAUCCCAAUCCUAAUCCCAAUCCUAUUUCUCUUUGUCCCCUUUAUUCUUUUCCUCAACCCUCCCUCUCUGGAUUUUCUUCUUUUCCACAACCUUCUCUUUGCGCUCCUUCCACACCAUCACCAUCAUCAUCACCAUCUUCUGGUUUUGCUGCUCCCAGCACUGAUGUUGAUAACAUACUUCCCGCAAGCAGAGAGUUGCAACCGAAAUUAGAAGAAGCAUGCCAAACUUCUCAGAUUAGUAGCCCUGUCUCAGCUGUUAGAGAUAUCAUGACUGCAGGAGAUCAGAAAAAUAUGUUACAUUUGUACAAGAAUCAACUGCAAAGCUAUGCUCAAAAGAGAAACCUACAUCUCCCAGUGUAUUCUUCUGAAUGGGAGGGCCCUCCUCAUGCCAUGCGUUUUAAGUGCAAAGUCACAAUUGAUGGACAAACCUUUGAGAGUCAUAAGUUCUUUUCUUCAUUGAAGGAUGCUCAACAUGCUGCAGCUGAAGUUGCUUUAAUGUCAUUAUCACCAGGCGGAGUUCAAGAGGAUCAUAUUGUGUUAUACAAGAAUCUUUUGCAAGAAUUGGUUCAAAAGGAAGGAUUUAGUUUACCCAUUUAUAGUACAAAUAAAUCUGGUGAGGCUCAUAUGCCAAUAUUUCUGUCACAAGUCGAGGUAGAAGGGGAGCUUUUUACUGGACAAGAAGCUAAAUCCAAGAAGCAGGCAGAGAUGAGUGCAGCCAAGGUUGCUUAUAUGACAUUGAAAGAACGCAAAGGUAAGUCAGAUCAGAGCUCCUUAUUUCCUUUGUCAGCUCAUCAAGGACGAGCUCCUGAUUUCUCACCUGACUUCUCAGAGGCAAAUGUCAUUCCCAGUCCUCAACUCCAUGCUAAUCCAAGAUCACCUGUAAGCCCUGGAUUAAUCACUUGCAAUCAACCUGACAAGCAUAAAGGCAAGUCAGAUCAGAGCUCUUCAUUUCCUUUUUCAGCUCAUCAAGGACAAGCUCCUGAGUUCUCAUCUGACCAGUCAGAGUCAAAUAUCAUAACUGGUCUGGAACACCAAGCUAAAUCAAAAUCACUUGUAAGCCCUGGAUUACUCACCUGGAAUCAAACCGACAAAGAUAAGCUGAAGAAAGGAUUGUCUUCGUGUGGAAAUACGAAUGGCUGCAUAGAGGAUUCUUCCUUGUCAAAUGGCCAGUGUGCACCUUCACCCUCUGACAGUACCAAUGUGGUUUCUGACACAAGUAAUGAGCCUUCAAAUGCAUUAGCCACCCCAUCGCACAGAAGAAAGGUCGUUGUUUACUCACGCAAGACAAAUGUGGAAGUUGAAGGCGGUGGUACUUUAAUGCCUAUUAGUGAUGACAAUUGGGUUGUUUACUCAUAUUCUCAGUGAGUUAAUUGGCUCAUUUGUAUCAUAUUUUUAUUCUCUCAAAUGAAUUUAUAUAGAAAGGAAACUGAAGUAGAUUGAGUAAACCCAUACAUUUGCUCCUCACAAAUUUGGAGGUAGACAAAUUAGUCAUGAGAAUGCAAAAAUCCCACCAUGAUGUCACAACUAUAAAUUAUCAUAUUAAUCUUUAGACAUUGUAUAAUAUGACUUGACACUUGAGCUUCUUAAGAAUUAUGAGGUUUUUGCAUAGGAACUAUUGU